AUGUCUACGCCUCAGGAUACCAUCGAUAACAAUAUCGAGAUGUGGAAGGUCAAGAAGCUGAUCAAGGGCCUUGAGGCAGCGCGUGGAAACGGAACUUCCAUGAUCUCGCUCAUUAUCCCUCCCGGUGAUCAGAUCUCCCGUGUGGCCAAGAUGUUGGCUGACGAGUACGGAACUGCUUCCAACAUCAAGUCCAGAGUCAACAGGCUGUCUGUGCUGAGUGCUAUCACUUCGACCCAGGCACGUCUCAAGCUCUACACCAAGGUCCCUCCCACUGGACUUGUCGUUUACUGCGGUACUGUCGUUACCGACGAGGGCAAGGAAAAGAAGGUCAACAUCGAUUUCCCUCCCCACAAGCCCAUCAACACCUCCUUGUACAUGUGUGACAACAAGUUCCACACCGAGGCCCUUUCCGAGUUGCUCGAGUCCGACUCCAAGUUCGGUUUCGUCAUCAUGGAUGGUAACGGUACCUUGUUCGGUACCGUCUCUGGAAACACCCGUGAUGUCAUCCACAAGUUCACUGUCGAUCUGCCCAAGAAGCACGGACGUGGAGGUCAGUCUGCCCUUCGUUUCUCUCGUCUUCGUGACGAAAAGCGCCACAACUACGUCCGUAAGGUCGCUGAGAUGACUGUCCAGCAUUUCAUCACCAACGACAAGGUCAACGUCACUGGUUUGGUUCUUGCCGGUUCUGCCGAUUUCAAGACCGAAUUGUCCCAGUCCGAUCUCUUCGACCCUCGUCUUGUGGCCAAGGUCAUCAAGAUUGUCGAUGUCUCCUACGGUGGUGAGAACGGCUUCAACCAGGCCAUUGAGCUCUCUGCUGAGGCUCUCUCGAACGUCAAGUUCAUCCAGGAGAAGCGUUUGAUCUCUAAGUACUUCGAUGCCAUUUCUCAGGAUACUGGAAAGUACUGCUUCGGAGUUGACGAUACCUUGAAGGCUUUAGACAUGGGAGCUGUCGAGACUUUGAUUGUCUGGGAGAACUUAGACAUUGCCCGCGUCACUCUUCGCAACGCUGCUGGCGAACUUGACAUCAAGCAUUUCAACAAGGAGCAGGAGAAGGAUCGCACUAACUUUGUCGAUCCCGCUGAUGGCUCUGAGAUGGAGGUUGUCGAGAAGAUGCCUCUGCUCGAGUGGCUCGCCGAGAAGUACAAGGACUUUGGUGCCACUCUGGAGUUUGUCACCAACAGAUCUCAGGAGGGUUCUCAGUUCGUGAAGGGUUUCGGAGGUAUCGGUGGUGUCCUCCGUUACAAGCUCGACUUUGAUGCUAUCGGUUACGAUUCUGAUGAGUUCUUCUCUGAUUGA